UAGAUGUAGGCAUUACCAAAUAUGGAGUUCGCUCGUUUUCCCAACCGUCCUCCCUUCGAACCCUAGUAGCUCUCAAUUUUAUUUUCUAUUAAAUAUCGAGUUAUAUUCAAAUGUUUUCAUUGAACUGUUUAGUGUAAAUAUUAUAAUUUCUUCUUUUAUUUAAAAAUGUCGUUUAGGGUGGUCCGUAGUUCUAAAUUCCGCCACGUGUAUGGGCAAGCCCUGAAAAGGGAACAGUGUUACGAUAACAUCAGAGUGUCCAAAAGUUCAUGGGACUCUACUUUUUGUGCCGUGAAUCCAAAGUUCCUGGCGAUCAUAGUAGAAUCUGCUGGUGGAGGUGCUUUCAUUGUUUUACCACAUAACAAGGUUGGUCGGAUACCGGCGGACCACCCACUGGUAGGCGGGCACAAGGGGCCGGUGCUGGACAUCGCGUGGUGUCCCCACAACGAUAAUGUCAUCGCUAGUGGCUCAGAGGACUGCGUCGUCAAGGUGUGGCAGAUUCCAGACGGCGGUAUAUCGCGCACGCUCACCGAGCCCGUGGUCGACUUGGUGUACCACCAGCGCAGAGUGGGACUGGUGCUGUGGCACCCCACUGCGCAGAAUGUGCUGCUGACAGCCGGCUCUGAUAACCAAAUCGCGAUAUGGAAUGUGGGCACUGGCGAGGUGCUGUUAAGCCUGGACUGUCAUCCUGACCUCAUCUACUCCGCCUGCUGGAACUGGACUGGCUCCAAGCUGCUCACAACCUGCCGCGACAAGAAAAUCAGGAUAAUAGACCCGCGAAAGGGCGAAGUGGAGUCGGAGGCGAUAGCGCACGAGGGCAGCAAGGCGUCGCGCGCCAUAUUCCUCAAACAUGGCCUGGUCUUUACAACUGGAUUCAGCCGCAUGUCGGAGCGGCAGUACACGCUGCGCACGCCGGACGCGCUCGGCGAGCCGAUAGUGACGGUGGAGAUUGACACCAGCAAUGGGGUUAUGUUCCCGCUCUACGACCCCGACACUAACCUCAUAUAUCUGUGCGGGAAGGGAGACUCCGUUAUACGUUACUUUGAGGUGACGCCGGAGCCUCCGUUCGUGCACUACAUCAACACCUUCCAGACUCCGGAUCCACAAAGAGGUAUUGGUAUGAUGCCUAAGCGCGGCUGUGAUGUGGCUACAUGCGAAAUUGCCAAGUUCUAUCGCCUCAAUAACUCCGGCCUGUGUCAGGUGGUAUCAAUGACGGUGCCGCGUAAAUCCGAGUUGUUCCAAGAGGACCUGUACCCGGACACGUUGAGUGACGAAGCCAGUCUCACCGCGGACGAGUGGCUUGCUGGAGAGGACGCGGAGCCCUGCACUAUGUCGCUGAAGGAACGUGCGGUCGUGGUACAGGGCGGCUACGUGUCGGGCCGCGCGCAGCAGCUCACCGUCAACAAGAGGAGCAACGCGCUCGCCACCGGCAAGGACAGAGAGAAAGAAAGGGAGAAGGACAAGGACCGCUCGCCAACGCCCGCGCACAAGCGAGACGACAGUCAUGCCGGCACUCCCGCUUCAGCUACGCCCCCGCCCGCUGUUACUGCUGCUAUUGAGAAACAGCUGUCGGAUUUGGUAGAAGAGAUACGUAAACUGAAAUCGGUGAUCGUGAAGCAAGAGAACCGCAUCAGAGCGCUUGAAGCGGCGGCAAAGGCGGCGGUACUCAGCCCGCCCCCGCCUCCGCCGGAGACUUCCCCACUGCCGGAACACAACCACGAAACACCUGUGCCGGAGACGAUGGCCCCCGACGAGGUCUGAGGUACCAUAGACAUUCAUGACAGCAAUAGACAAACCCGCAACAGACAACCAAAGACAUUUAAGAAAUAUAUAGACUAGACAUCUGAAAAUUUUUUCACUGGUAAUUUCUUUGAAAGGUACUAUGUU